AUGCUCGCCGACCACCAAGGCGACGUUAUGGACGACAAGGUUGCCCCAGUGGGCGACUCCAUGGUCGCCAACGCACGCGCUGCCACUGAGAAGGAGCACAAUAUGACCUUGUGGCAAGGUAUCAAGCUUUACCCCAAGGCCAUUGCGUGGUCCAUGCUCAUCUCGAUGUGCUGUGCGAUGGAAGGCUAUGACAUCUCGCUCAUCGGUAACUUUUACGCAUUCCCAGUCUUCAACCAGAAGUACGGAACUUGGACAGGCGAGGAGAACGGUUACCAAGUGUCGGCACACUGGCAGACCUCGUUGUCGAACGGUGCUCAGUGCGGUCAGAUUUUGGGUCUUUUCCUCAACGGUUUUGCCACUGAACGCUGGGGAUACAAGCCCGUCAUCCUCGGAUGCCUCGUCUGGCUUACCGGCAUCACCGCCAUCUUCUUCACCGCUCCCAACAUCCAAAUCCUCCUGGUCGCUGAGAUUCUCGCCGGUAUUCCCUGGGGUGUGUUCCAGUCGAUUGCCAUCUCGUAUGCCUCCGAGGUCGUUCCAGUCGCACUCCGUGGAUAUGUCACCACUUGGGGAAACAGUUGUUGGGGUAUCGGCCAACUGAUCGGCGUCGGUGUCAUCCGUUCCAUGCUCGGCAGGACGGACGAGUGGGCCUUCCGCAUUCCCUAUGGUCUCCAGUGGAUGUGGUACCCGCCUCUCAUCAUCGGCAUUUACUUCGCUCCAGAGUCGCCAUGGUGGCUCGUUCGUCACGGCAAGUUCGACAAGGCGCGAGCCUCGCUGCUGCGCCUGACCUCGGCCAAGGCAGACCCAACCUUUGACGUCGACGAGACCCUCGACAUGAUGAAGCACACGACCGAGCUCGAGAAGGACAUCACGACCGGCUCCUCUUACCUCGACUGCUUCAGGGGUGUCAACCGUCGCAGGACCGAGCUGGUGUGCAUGAUCUGGGCGAGCCAGAACCUCUCCGGUAACACCUUUUCCAACUAUUCCACCUACUUCUUCACGCAAGCUGGCCUCCCUGCAGAGACUUCUUACGACUUCGCCAUGGGACAGUACGGCAUAAACACGGUUGGAACAUUUGUCGCCUGGUUCAUUAUGUCCCGCGGUGUCGGACGUCGAACCCUCUUCAUCACCGGACUGGUCGGUCUCUGCAUUAUGCUCUACACCAUCGGAUUCCUCGGCCUCAUCCCGGACAGCAAGAGCUAUGAGCGUUCGAUGGCGACGGGAGCAACAAUGUUGGGCUGGGCCGCUGUCUACCAGGUUUCGGUCGGCAGCAUCGCCUUCUCACUCGUGGCGGAGAUGUCGACUCGUCGUCUGCAGAUCAAGACCGUCUCUCUCGGUCGUGCGGCUUACAACGUGGCCGCUAUUAUCAGCAACGUUCUUACGCCCAACAUGAUCAACCCCACAGCGUGGAACUGGAAGAACUAUGCAGGCUUUUUCUGGGGCUCCACCUGUCUCUUCUGCGUCGUCUAUCACUACUUCCGCCUGCCCGAGCCCUCCGGCCGUACCUUUGCCGAGCUGGAUAUCCUGUUCGAGCGUAAGACCCCGGCGCGCAAGUUUAAGACUGCCAAGGUCGACGCCUUCGACACUGCUAUUCACGGCCAGGUCGCCGAGGACAAGCCCAAUGUCGAGCACGUCGAGCGGGCCGACAGCGUGUGA